UGUUGCAAGAUUUGAUGGAAAACCAGUUAUUGUUUGGUGGCAAAACAGUUGUUCUUGGUGGAGAUUUUCGGCAAACUAUACCAAUUGUUCGAAGGGGUUCUCGUGAAGAGAUAGUGGAUGCUUGUUUGGUAUAUUCAUCCAUAUGGCUUCUUAUUCGAAAAAUUCAUUUGACACAGAAUAUGCGGGCAAUGGAGGAUCCUGUUUUUACAGAUUUGUUAUUGAGGGUUGGUGAAGGCAUAGAGCCAAAUGUUCGUGCUGAUUAUAUUAAUCUUCCUGAAGAUAUGUGCCUUUCUUACCAUGGUUCAGAUUCGCCUCUUGACACACUGGUCAAUGAAAUAUUUCCGUCGUUUGAUGCAUAUUCCAGCGGUUCUUCGAGCCUUAUAAAUACCGCUAUUUUAACUCCUAAAAAUGAAUGUAUGGGAGAAAUUAAUGAAUCAUUGAUUGGAAAAUUCCCAGGCAAUAUGGUUGAAUAUGUUAGCACGGAUUAUGCAAACGAUCCAAGCCAGCAACAAUACUAUCAAGAUUAUAUGAAUGCAAUUAGUGUUGGUUCAUUGCCACCACAUGUUCUUAAAUUAAAGGUUAACUGUCCAGUUAUGUUACUUCGCAACUUAAAUCCAUUGGAGGGGUUGUGUAAUGGAACACGUUUAAUUGUGCGUGAUCUUGGUAGGCACGUGAUCGGAGCCGUCAUUGCUGUAGGGACUCAUUCUGGUGAAUAUGUUUUAAUCUCAAGGAUUCCAUUGGAGUUGGAUGAUACACACAUAUGUCCAAUUACUUUUAAGAGGCUACAAUUUCCGCUAAGAUUGUGUUUUGCAAUCAGCAUCAACAAAUCUCAAGGACAAACAUUGGAUCGUGUCGGUGUUUAUUUGCCUCAUCCUGUUUUUUCACAUGGACAGCUAUAUGUUGCUUUAUCAAGGGUCAGAACAUCAAGUUCAAUAAAAUUCUUAAUUCGACCGCCAGUUGCUGAUAUGGAUUCAACAUGUGAAACAAGAAAUGUUGUGUACACUGAAAUUUUGCAUGCGGCGACAUGAUGAUAAAUCUGGGUACUUUGUAGAAGGCAGGUUGUCAAGAAAUGGAAGAGCGUUUGAUUCCAAUGAAUGAGAUUCUCCCAGGAACGAAGGAAUGGAAAUGCAAGGUGAGAGUGAUCAAGAAGCAAGAACCUAAGCAAGCUAACAAUAAUCCUAAUAAAUUUCAGAAAUUAAUCUUGGGUGAUGGCUUGGGCCACACUCUUGAUGCCGUGAUAUUCCAUGAUAAUAUAGAUAGGUUCAAACAUGUGCUUCAAGAGGGUAAUGUUUACAUGGUGAAAGGAGCCUAUGUUUCUGAUCCAAAGCAAUACAGGAAUCCAAUUGUGACAUGUAAUUACCAAUGGACUUUCAGAAAAGAUACUUCGGUGAAUGAAGAACCAAAUGAUUCGAUACCUGCUGGUGGACUAAGUUUUAGAACAACUCCAAGUUGCGAGUUCCACAAAUUCCUCUCAACAAAGACAUUGAUCAAUACUGCUUGUGUCAUUAUUGGUACCCAUGAACCUCGGGUUGUCACAGUCAAAGGACAGGGUAAAGUCAUUCGUGAGUAUGCUGCCAUUGAUACAGAGCUGGAAACGUUUGUGGUGACACUUUGGGAAACUUCAGUAUCCGAUGAGAUCUAUGCUAAAUUGGAACCUAUUUCGAAUAGGACACCGUUGCUGUUGUUGAAUUUUUCAGUCGUGCCAUAUUACGGAUUGAGUCUGACCACCAAUGCUCAGUCAAUUGUCUUGGAUAGCUCUGAGAAUGAAAUGCUAAUUGAACUAGAGAGAUGGAAGCAAGAGAAUGAAGAGGCCAUCAACAUGUUAGUACAAACUGGUGGUUUUUUUGAAAAGAAAGUGUUGCGCUCACCUAAGCAACCCCUGCAGAUUACUAAAGUGGAACAAAUGUUGCAGAAUCAAGAGAAUACAUACUUUAAUGUAAAAGUUAAAGCAAGAUUGGAAAAUGAAUACCAAGACUACUUUUACAUUGGUUGUCCAAUAUGUUCCACAAAGACAGUUGCCUCAUAUGGUACAGAGUUCAUGUGUUACUCAACUCCAUGCAAGAAUAUGAGAAUAGCCAAUCGGAGCUUCAGAUUUAGUCUCAUGGUCUUUGAUGCGUCUGGACAAGUGGAAGUCACUUUUUUGGGGAAAGAAGCUCAGAAACUUCUUGGCCUAGAUCCUUCUGAGUUUUAUGAAAAACAAAAUCAAGGACCCAUAACGCAGAUGGAUUUUCUUAGGCAACGCCUAUGCAAUAUUGUCUUACUCUUAAAGAUAAAAAGUCGAAUAUUUAAAGAUGUUUGUACUUUCACUGCGGAUGCUAUUGAGAUUUUACAAGAUGAUGGUGCAAUACCAUCUGAGAAAAUUAGCAUUGAACCUGAAGUUCAUCUGGAGCAAGGGCUGCUAAAAAGUGCGACGAGACAAUUGGUUUUUCAUGAUUCAUUAGAUAAUGAUAAAGUCAUUCGAGCAAAGAUUGCUGCCAAAGCUAAAGGCAAGGGGAAAGUGUCCCAAGAAAGCCAUAUUGAACAUAUCAAAGAUACAAUUGGAAGCUCAUUUAAAGAUAGUCUUUCUUCUGAUGAUGAUAAACCAAUAUCAGAAAUCUUCAGGGGUAAAAAGAAAAUUUGCUCUAUUGUUUUGUCUGAAGAUUCAAGCAAUGAUAGUCUGAAUUGUGUAGUGGAAUCGGUUGAAAGAGGUAACAUUGGGAAAAUCAAAAGAAGAUUUGUUAGCAAAAGGAAAAAAGUUGUGCACUUAGAUCUUUCUGAAGAUUCAGAUGAUGUUGAUACACCUGAGAAUUUUGAUGAUGCACAUUUGGAUAUGCCUCUAUCAGAUGAAUUAGUGGGGAGAGCAACUGAUUGCAAACUUGUUGAAGAUUCUCAUAUGGAGUCAUGUCUACCUUUGGCAGGCACACUAUACCAUGAGGAGAAACAGGACCUUGUGGCAAAAACAUCAAAGAAGACUAAAAUAACUCAAGCUAAGGACAAACAAGUAGCUAAGGCAAAGAAGGCGAACAAAAUGAAGUCUAAUAUCUUAAAAGACAAGAUACAAAGCAUAUCUGAUUCAUCCCACCAACUUAGCGAAGUGGUUAUUGAGCAUAAUAAAGGCAAAAGAGUUCCACAAACACCAACACUCAAGUCAAGGAGUGGCAGAACAAUCAAGCGAAGAAUAUUGGACUGAUGAAGUGAAAGAUUUUAUGAGACUUUGAAGCAACUUUUGUAUGUACUUUGUACAAUUCUCUAGCUAUGACUUUUGGCUCUAUUACACCGUGUUGGUGACAUUCUACUAGCAUUUUGAGGUUACCUUUUGUAUGUACAUUGUAUAUGCCUCGAUG